AUGACAGACAAGCCGCCGCCGCUGCCGACAUCGAUCGCGCUUCCUGUUCAGCCCGGUGCCUCUCUUGCGAGUGCGGUCCCCGUUCACGAUGUCGCUCCAGAACAGGAUACCCCAGAGGAGGAGCCGUACACGAUAAAAUGCAUAUGCGACUAUUUUGAGGAUGACGGAAACACCAUAUUCUGCGAUACUUGCGUCACAUGGCAGCACAUUGAGUGCUACUACCCAGACAAUAUCCAGGAGGCUUGCGCAGAUAGCUUUGUGCAUUUCUGCGUCCAGUGCCACCCUCGGCCGUUGGACCACCAGCGGGCCAUCGCACAUCAGAGAGCAAGAAUGCCUCUGCUACUCGCCGACCCGACAGCUGACAAGAAGCCGAAACGUCUAUCGUCAAAGAGUCACAAGAAGAAGCCGAAGCCGUCAGAGCUGCAAAUAAAUGGCAUCCAUCACGGAGCGUCUGAAAGCACGAAGCACAUGGGCCCCCAUGACCUGUCCCAUCCCGCAAAGAAGGCGAAAACCUCGCACAAGUCGAGUCAGUCCAUUAGCUCACAGGCGCCGAAGCGCAGUCCUUCCCACGGGAAUGCGAAGGCCGCUCAUGGUCACCCGCUGAGCCCCGCGACAACUCCGCCCGAUCUUCCCGAUGACUUCGAACUGCACAAUUAUUCAUCGGGAUUCCUGUCUUCGUACAACGAUCAGUCCUUCCAGAUCGUCAACACGAAUAGCUUCGCGGGGCUCCAGGUGUCCAAUACCAUGACGGCCUGGCUCCACAACCCAGAAAAGUUGCAGAACGAGACAGGCUUAUCCUACAGCGACGUGUUCCAGACUCUCCCCUCCGACAUUGAGUCGAUCGCAGUCAGGCCAGAGAUUGAGCAAAACAGCAAGAUCAUCUCGUUGGGGACCGUCGUCCAGUGGCAGUGUCUUAAAGCGCCCUCGCCAAUCGACAAGGACGUCCCGCUCAUGGAAGUUAACGGCCAAAUUGGCUUUCAAGCGAACUAUUGUGCCGAUGCCGACAAUCGCUGGGCCGAGCUGACUGCGCCGCUCCCGUUUGUCCUUUUCCAUCCUCUUCUACCACUCUACAUCGACACGAGAAGGGAAGGGUCAGAGGCUCGCUUCGUGCGACGGAGCUGCAAGCCAAACGCAGUCCUUGAAACUUAUCUUUCAGCCGGCAGUGAAUACCACUUUUGGUUGGUGAGCGACCGGAAGAUUGAGGCAAAGGAGCAAAUCACGAUCCCCUGGGAUUUUCGAUUUCCGACCCAGACAAAGACGCGCGUCCUCCAACUUCUUGGUCUCGCCGACGACACGAUGGACGCGCAUGCCGAAGCGACGGAAGCGGACUAUCGAAAAUAUGCCAACUGGCUUCAUCUCAUCCUCUCUGAGCAUGGAGGCUGUGCAUGCAACCUUGGUCCAGAGUGUGCCUUUGCGCGGUUUCACAGAAACUAUCUGGCCAAGACCCAGCAACGCUCAAAUCCGCCCAAGAGCAAGAAACGCAAGCCGAGAGCACAACAUGCCAUAUCCCCAACCAGCACGGGGCAUGCCGCCAACAGCCGGGCCCCUAGCGAGGGCCAUUUAGAGGACAUUCCCGAGCAUGACCGGAGGUCCGUGUCCAGCUCCUCCCGGAGCAAACCCCCGAGCCGAGACAUGACCCCAACAGCUCGUCAGGGUUCGUUUGAUACGCUCGGCAUAUUGACUGAACCCACCGAUCGGGAUAAGAGGAAGGUCGCCAUGGUUGAGGACACGUUCCGCCGCAUGGAGCAGCAGCAACAGCAUCCGCAACGCAAGAGAAAACGCGCUUCGGAUGGAACUGGCAUUUCGCAGGCAAAGGCAUUCAAGUCCAGCACGGCGACCCAGACACCCAAUAUUUCACAAACGAUUUCUGGAAGCGGCUAUGUCGAUGCUGGGGCUGGAGCCUCACGAGUCAAGUCAAGGUCGCCAAGCGAUCCGAGUCCCUUGAAAGAGCCUAGGUCUCGAACGGGGUCUGCGCCAGCUCGUUCCCGUCGUGCCUCGGUCGUGCUGCAUCCCAACUAUUGUGACGCUGCGGUGCAGACAGAUUUCCCUGAUCACGCAAGCGAGACUGCGACUCCGAAACGGAGGACUUGGCAUCAUAUCCGUCUAGAGGAGGAAGAGCGUGCUAAACGGCGGGCCGUGGACCGGACAAUGCCCGCCGCCAUGGCCGUGGACAGCCGCAGCGAUGGGCAUGCCCUCCAUUCCUCACCAGCCUCAAUCAGAGAGGCAGAUAAGGAUUCGAGUCUUGGUUCUCCAGCAGACGAGUCGAAAGAUCACCCAAUGUCGGAUGCGCGACCAGCGUCCCCGAUGAUCACGAGCGCCAGCGGGGGUAUCGCAACAAAUGGCUUGGUCAAACACAAAUCACCCGAUUUACGAGUAGAGCUGCCUCCCGUUCCAGCGUUCGAAAACCCCACCUUUGCCCACUCGACUGCCUCGACACCGAUAUCUGCCGGAGUCACCGUCCAGUCGCCGUUCUCUGCCACCGGCUUCCCGGGCCUCUUUGGCCCGCCGUCCGUCGGCGGCGCGGCGGUAACGCCAAGUCCGGUUAAGAAGAAGCUCAGUCUGAGCGACUAUAAGAACAGGCUGAGCAAGGCCGCCGCCGCCCGGCCUCCAUCAGUAGGGACGAGCCUGCUCAAAGCCGUGUCAAGUAGUGCGGAUGACCUUCCCAAGUCUGCCACGAGCACGGACGGCGGGACUACGACGGCUGGGAGCUCUCCAGUAGUGGAGAAGGCUCCUCCGGAUCCCGCUACUCCGGCUGAAGAGGCGGCGGCGGCGCUAGCCGCAACGGCUACGACAGCCACUUCCCCCACGAAACCCAUCGCCACCCAGGCUUCUCCCACGCAAGCCAGUGUUGUGCCAGGCUCAUAG